AUGGAACCAAACCCUGACGCCGAGCCCCGUGGGCGCGGCCUUUCGUGUGACACCUGCCGAGCGAGGAAGAUCAAAUGUGACCGAGAGUCGCCUUGUUCCAGCUGCAGGGCAGCAAAUAUCAUUUGCCGAACGACCAAAGGCCCUCUGCAGAAACGGCAGCGAGUUCUCAUCUCGCCUCGUUACGAGGAGGAGAUCGCCAUUCUCAACAGUCGGUUUGCGAGGCUUGAGAAGCUGCUACAAGAUGCCCUGGCCAACUCGCAUUCGCCAUCCCAUACGGACAAGACUCUAGCUGGGCCUAGCAACCUCGGUCAGGCUCUAGGCAGCCCUUCUUUCGAGGGUGAGUCGUCCUUUGCCGCACAUUCGAAGCAUACAGUACUGGAAAUCGAGAGGCUUGUGGGUCAGUUGCCGUACUCAAAAGAUGGUGAUGUUGUAGUGGCGUCUCUUCGAGAGAUCGUGAACCCCGGCUCAACCAAUGCCCAAGGCCCCGAGCCUACAAUCCUAAGACAGGAUUUCACCGGCCUUCCUCUUCCCACACGACAGCUGGUGAUCAAGGCCCUGAAUUAUUGCAAAAACAACACGACUCGACUUUUCAGGGACUACCCUUUCAUACAUGUUGCCACUUUCACCGAAAUGUGCCAACAGGUGUACUUUCCGACUGAGGAGUGUUCCUUGAGCGCCUUCAUCAUCGUAAAUUCCGGUCUCUGCAAUCUCUUUCGAGAUUUCAGUAACGAUAUCAUCGAGGAGUUGGGCUGGGAUACCGCCGAAGUCGCCAAGAGUGUGUCGAUCUGCGCAGCCAAUGUCAGGAGGGCUGCCGUGGAUUUGAGACUGGCUCUCGACCCUACCUUUGAAAACAUCCUCGCCCUCCUACUCUCGGCAUCAACGCGAAUGGAUUGGUCGAAUCCUUCCUUUGACUGGAAGCUGAUAUCUCAUGCGGCCGUUCUAUGUCAGGAAGCAGGCUAUCACCGACUGCCGGAUACUUCAACAAGCGACGAGGUCCGCCAAAAGCGCUUGGUCUUUUGGUACGUGUGGGGAUUUGAUGUCAUGUUUUCAUUCAAUCUCGGCCGCAGCCCGACCUUGCCGGAUCAUGACAUCACGACAGCACGACCCCGAUGCCCAGGGGACGUUGAUGCCCCAUGGGGCUACGGGUUCCUCUCGUGGCUAGACUCUAUCGACCUGCAACACGAAAUCUAUCAGCAACUGUACUCGGGACGAGCCCAAGCUCAACCUCCGGAAGUCAAGGCUCAACGCGCACGGGUACUGGCUGACAAGCUAAUAGCCAUGCGGCACUCUUUUUUAGCUGGGAAGGAUGGCAGCACACCAGGCUCUACCGGAACUGACACCACUGCUGGGGAGUCCUUCGAGCUUAUGUUCUACUCCCUGCUCACACUGGUUUACCGCGUGGCACCUCUCGCAGAACAAAUCCAUCCCCUUCAGGUCUGCGAUGACUGCACGUCGGCGGCGAGAACUGCCCUCAGGAUUCAGAACAGGGCAUGGGAAAGGAUCGGGGAUUCAAAUGACGAAACUUGGAAAUUAUUCAUCCACUGGACACUGCUUUGCUGCCCCUUCGUGCCGUUCAUAAUCGUCUUCAGCAAUGCCAUUGCGGCUGGAGACGAAGGGGAUUUGCACCUCCUGGGUCGGACUGUGGCAUCUCUCCAAUCCGCUGCUCAACAGUCUCCUAGUAUUGCAAAGCUACAUCACGUUUUUAGUACAUACCAUCAAGUCGGUAGAGUCUAUUUCGAGGGGGCUCAUAAAGCCGGGAAACAACGAGCAGUUGGAGAAGGACACGGCGGUGUACAGAGCAUCAUGGAUGAGAAUCUGACCAAUAUGCCAUUCAAUUCGACAACUGACGCCUUACUCCCAAUGCCGGCUUGGGAUAGACUAUUGGACGAAUGGAAUCCUGGGCUUGGGGAGGAGAACACGAUAGAGAUAUCGUCUUUCCUAGGUAACUACUUCUCAGGUAACUUUGAAUUUCAAGACUGA